AUGGAACUCUCAUCACCAAACACGUGCAGCGCUGUGGUCUUCAGUCCACCCGGACGGCGCAGGCACCGCCAUCACUACCACUCGGACUCUGACACAGACUCUGCGUACUCUGCCUCUUCGUCCUCCUCCGACAGCGACGACAGCACCUACUACCGCAUCCCCCACCCCCACCGUGCAAGGAGGCGGUGGCGCUGGCCGCGAGGCGUGAUUACAUACCCGGGGUACUCACCCUGGGCUCCGGGGGGACUGCAGACACAGGUCCAGCAGCAGCAGCACCCGCGCCGGUAUGGCUACCGCCGGUUCCACUACCAGGGCGGCGAGCGGGUGCGAAGGGGGUGUGGCAACGGCCACGGGCAUGGGCAUCACCAUCAUCAACGCCACCGCCGCGCCCGGUCGCCGCGGCGGUGCAUACUCCCGCGGUUCGGACGGUGGCUGAUCGGGGACCCGCCCGAGCGGCAGCGGUGGCGGCGGUGCGAUGAUGGCGCUGACUGCUGUGACGACGGCUGCGGCGUGGGGACGACGCCGACGGUGCACCACGAGGAUGAGUACUGGGGUCCCGGGCGCACCGGCAACGUCCCUAGCUGGGCCUACGGCCCGGACGGCUCGCGCAACUCUCCCUGGCGCUACGGCGGGCCCAAUGGUAAUACCACCAGCGGCCCGGACGCCCUCGACCCGGGCGGGACCAUCGAGGAGGUCGAGGAGGGCGGCACGGCCCCGGUCCAGGCGGCCCAGACUCUACCCACCGCAGCCGUGCUGCCCGUAGCCGCCACCGAUCCUUAUGACGUGCAGCAGCCGCACACGCACUACCACCUGAACGAUGACAAUGGCAGGAGUAGGAGGCACGGGCACAGCCGCAGCCACGGCCGCCACCGCCGGCGGCGCGACGAUGAUAAUGAUGGUGACGGCAUCCUGAGGCUCGUUGAUCGGGAGAGGCGGCGCGACUCCGAGCGGCAGAUGGCCGACGCCGACGCGAGCCACCGGCGCGAGGCGAUGAUGAUGGGGCUCGUGGAGAGGGACCGGGACCGGGACCGGGACAGGGACCGCGGGGGCGGUGGCAGCGCGGGGCUAGACGCUCGGGACGUCCUGGCGGUACUGCUGGACGGGGAGGUCGAGAGGCGGCGGCGUGAGAGGGGGCGGGAGGACAUUGCUGGUGAGUCUGGUGGUGGUGAUGGGUGGAAGGGCGCGCUCGACGCGCUGAGCCGGCGGGUGGACGAGAUGGUGCUCCAAGGCCGGGACGGGUACUCGACGGGGGAAGAGAGGGGUAGGGGGUCGAGGGAGGAGACGAGGAGGAAGAGGGCGCCGAGGGUCAAGUUCACCAAGGAGCGCAACGGUUCCGGCUCGGCUGGCAACAGCAACGGCGCCGGCGGCGUGUCUCGGACGUCCAAGGGGAAGAAGGGUGUGGCUGCGGGCGGGAAGGUUGUCUUUGGUCGCAGGAGAGGUGGGAAGAAUGGAGGUGACGGGGAUACUGAUAGUGACACCGAAGAGACAAGCGGGCCUCCAUCAGCGGGCGGCGGCACGAGUGUGAGAGCAAGGGGAAGGUCUCUGCGGAGGGCAGGGUCACCUUCGACGUCCGUAGACUGA